UUAAUAUCUGAAUCGCUGAAUUUCUUACUGGUUGAUUACAUGCUACUUGUAAUGGAUGAAACUUCUUUUGCAUUGUUUUAAUGGUGUAGAGGUAGAGAACACAUAGAGAUCUUAAUUUUAGCACUGAAAACUGUAAGCAAAAUAAGUUCUACAGGACUUAAUUAGUGACUUUGUUGGGAAGACUCGAUGAAUAAAUAGCUGGCAUGAAAAACGGAAUAAGAGUAGCAUGUUUUUUUGGGAUUUGUGGAGUCCAUAACUUCCAUUGCUAAUUUUCUGGAAAAUGUUUGGUGGAUCAAUCAGUUAAUUUUUAUUAACAACUAGGAUAGAAGUUAAUAACCUAUAUAUACUCAGUUGAAGGUUAAUCAUUGACAGAGAUUGUUUUUUUAGCAAAUAUUCCAAAAACUUCCGUACUUUUCUCCAUUAAUCAUUUGGGAAGAAUAUGAUAGCUUAGCUUCCCAAACCCACAGUCUUGGUUUUGUGAUUACUGAUCUCAUAGAACUUUGGGUUGGUAUUUUACUAUUUUCUGAUAAAUCAUUAAAUCUUCUUUUCGUUAUUGUGAGAUCAAAAACUUUAAAUCAAUGAUUUUCUUGAUUUUGGCUUCUAAAUAUGCCACUUUUUUUUCUUCUCAAAUUCUGGGCUAUAUUAACUGGAUAUGCUGAUACUGCUGAGCACAACGGCUGUUUCUGUUCCUGUCAUGGGAGAUGCCAACCAUCCCUUCUUCACAAGAACCAAAAGAAGCUCCACCCACAUAUCCUUUGAUGAAUGCGCUUGAUUUGACAGCCAAGAGUUUAGGUGUUUGACCAGCCAACAAAAAAGCGUGCAGAGAAAAAGUGGAAAGUUCCCUCUUGUCUCCCGAAGUGGACGAAUUCGAAAGUUGGUUGCAGAACAUAGGGAUGCUGAUAUCUCGAGGGUGGAGCUCCUUAAUCUACCAGGAGGAGCAGAAUCAUUUGAAUUGGCUGCUAAAUUCUGUUAUGGAAUUAACUUUGAAAUUACAUCUGCAAAUGUUGCUCAGCUAUGUUGUGUUUCUGAUUACCUUGAAAUGACUGAGGAGUUCUCAAAGGACAAUCUUGGUUCUCGUGCUGAAGAAUAUCUUGAGAGUAUUGUUUGUAAGAACCUUGAAAUGUGUGUUGAAGUCUUACAACAAUGUGAGAACCUACUUCCUCUUGCUGAUGAACUGAAAAUAGUUAGCCGUUGCAUAGAUGCAAUAGCUUCAAAGGCUUGUGCCGAGCAGAUUGCCUCAAGCUUCUCGCGAUUGGAGUAUAGCAGCUCAGGGAGACUUCACAUGAACAAGCAAGCCAAAUGUGAGGGAGACUGGUGGAUUGAAGAUCUCUCUAUUCUCCGGAUUGACCUAUACCAAAAAGUCAUGACAGCCAUGAAAUGCCGUGGGGUCCGUCCCGAGAGUAUUGGAGCAUCGCUUGUGAACUAUGCUCAGAAGGAAUUGACAAAGAAAUCCAGUUUAUGGAAUCCAUCUAGCCAGACAAAAGUUGAUCUUGUUUCUACAGGGCAUGAAAGACUUGUGGUUGAGACAAUCGUUAGUCUUUUGCCAGUUGAGAAACUUGCAGUUCCAAUUAGUUUCCUCUUUGGUCUUCUGCGAAGUGCAGUAAUGCUUGAUUGUACAAUUGCAUGUAGACUUGAUCUAGAGAGGCGAAUUGGUUCGCAAUUAGAUAUUGCAACUAUUGAUGAUCUUCUGAUCCCAUCGUUCCGGCAUGCAGGUGAUACCUUAUUUGAUGUUGACACAGUUCAUAGGAUCCUGGUAAAUUUCUCACAGCAAGAUGAUAGUGAAGAUGAUAUGGAAGAUGCUUCUGUUUUUGAAUAUGAUAGUCCUCAUUCACCUUCUCAAACUUCAUUGUUUAAAGUAUCGAAGUUAGUGGACAAUUACCUUGCAGAAAUUGCACCUGAUGCAAACCUCAAGCUUUCCAAGUUCAUGGUCAUUGCAGAAACUUUACCAACACAUGCACGAACCAUACAUGAUGGACUGUAUCGAGCAAUUGAUAUUUACCUAAAGGCUCAUCAGUGUCUAUCAGAUUCUGACAGGAAGAAGCUCUGCAAACUGAUUGAUUUCCAAAAGCUCUCACAAGAAGCUGGUGCUCAUGCUGCACAGAAUGAACGCCUCCCCCUCCAGGCUAUCGUUCAAGUGCUUUAUUUUGAACAAAUAAGGCUCAGAAAUGCAUUAUGCUGCUCUUAUGGUGAAGAAGACCAUAAACCAAUGCACCAGUCAUGGCGGAUCAGCAGUGGUGCACUCAGUGCGGCAAUGUCUCCACGUGACAACUAUGCAUCAUUGAGGCGAGAAAAUCGAGAGUUGAAACUUGAGUUAGCUCGAUUAAGGAUGAGAUUAAAUGAUCUAGAAAAAGAACAUGUUUGUAUGAAGAGAGACAUGCAAAAGUCUCAUUCUCGAAAAUUCAUGAGCUCUUUCUCGAAGAAAAUUGGUAAGCUGAGUUUCUUUGGGCAUAGUUCUUCUAGAGGAUCAAGUUCUCCCUCAAAGAAUUCUCAUAGAACAGAUUCUAGAGUGAUCGAGAGAACAUGUGCCAGCACGGACUAGGCAACUGAAGUUGCCUGGAUUCUUUUUUCUGCAUUUCUUAAGUAACUGCGAGUCAUGAUGUUGUUAACCUAUUUAUUUGGCUCCUAUAAAUGUUCCUUUUUGUCCACCUUGUAUAUGAUUUACAAUGCCUUUUGUUUUCUUUUUUUUGGCAAAAAUAGAGUUUCUCGUUUGCAAGUCACGGUUUUUGGAGAGUAACAGCUCUGAUAGAAUUUGAAAUGACUUGUGUAAGAAUUUGUUUGAAAUAUUGUACAUACGCAGGAGUUGUUAGCAUAAAUUUUGUAGAAAAUGCGCAAAAAAGUUAUAGAUAAUUAUAUCCCUUCUGAUA